GUGAACCUGACCAUGAUCCUAGGCCUCUUCGACCAAUUUUUUACCCCCUAUUUUGCAGGCAUUCCCCUGUUAGCAAUUGCCAUCAUCGCUCCCUGACUAUUGUUCCCCACACCAUCUAACCGCGUAGUAAACGACCGCUCCCUCGCCGCCCAAAACUCCUUUAUUUUAAACUUUGCAAAACAGAUCCUUCUCCCCUUAAAUGUAGGGGCCCAUAAAUGGGCCCUACUUCUUACUGCCCUGAUGAUCAAUCUUAUUACCCUGAAUCUACUCGGACUACUCCCGUAUACUUUCACCCCUACCACUCAACUGCCUUUAAAUAUGGGAUUCGCCAUUCCUUUGUGAUUAGCCACGGUUUUGAUCGGCCUACGAAAUCAACCAACAAUUGCCCUAGGACACCUUCUCCCAGAAGGAACCCCCGCCCCCUUAGUCCCCGUUUUGAUUAUUAUCGAAACAAUUAGCCUAUUUGUUCGACCCUUCGCCUUAGGAGUUCGACUAACGGCAAACCUGGCAGCCGGGCACCUCUUAAUCCAACUACUCUCCUCCGCCACCCUCUUCCUUCUGGAUCAAAUAUUCCCCGUUGCUAUCUUGACAAGCCUGGUGAUAGCUCUCCUUACUAUUCUUGAGUUAGCAGUAGCAGCUAUUCAAGCCUACGUAUUUGUCCUUCUCCUCUCAUUAUACCUUCAAGAAAAUACCUAG